AUGCGCAGUGAAGAGCGACCUCACGAGAGAACUGGAUUGGAAAGAAUUAAGUAUUGGCUCCCGAAAGAUUUAGAUGUAGCGGAAGGAAUUGAGGUGGUGGAAGAGAAAAAGGAAAGUGGAAGGAUGUAUUUUAUAACAUUUAAAAUAAACGGUAAACGGUUCAUGGAUAACUGGCAUAACACUACAAAUUUAUGGAUGUACGCAAUAGCUCUACUAAGUCAUGUUGUAACAUACGAGAGCCUUAGGACUCUGCUGCCUCAAUCUGCUUGGCCGGAAAAUUCUAAAGCGGAAAGCAAACGGGAGAAAACCGAUACCCUUCCACCCCGAAGAAGACCCACCAGGGGACCAGUUAUGACGGAGUUCAGAGGGACUAUCGUUCUAAGGUACAGUCUGAAGUCUCAACCAUAA